GCUUCCUCCCUGAGCGGAGCUCCGCGCGUCGGUCGGGACUACAGACACACACAUUCACACAGAGCCAUGGCCGAAAACGCCGGCUUGGAAAACCAUCGCAUCAAGAGCUUUAAAAACAAGGGCCGAGAUGUGGAGACGAUGCGAAGACAUCGUAAUGAAGUGACGGUAGAACUGAGAAAGAACAAAAGAGACGAGCAUCUCCUGAAGAAACGAAAUGUUCCACAGGAAGAGAGUCUGGAAGACUCCGAUGCGGACUCUGAUUUCAAAGGACAAAAUGUAACGCUAGAUGCCAUCUUACAGAACGCCACCAGUGACAAUGCUGUGGUGCAGCUCAGUGCAGUGCAAGCAGCCAGAAAAUUGCUCUCAAGUGACAGAAAUCCCCCCAUAGACGACUUGAUAAAAUGUGGAAUCCUUCCAAUCUUAGUCAAAUGCCUGGAGAGGGAUGACAAUCCUUCAUUGCAGUUUGAAGCUGCCUGGGCUUUGACCAACAUUGCAUCAGGGACGUCUGCACAGACACAGGCAGUGGUCAAAUCCAAUGCUGUCCCAUUGUUUUUGAGACUUCUCCAAUCUCCUCAUCAGAAUGUGUGUGAGCAGGCCGUGUGGGCGCUGGGAAACAUCAUUGGUGAUGGACCUCAGUGUCGAGAUUACGUCAUCUCGCUCGGUGUGGUCAAACCUCUCUUGUCGUUUAUUAAUCCUUCCAUCCCCAUAACCUUCUUGAGAAACGUUACCUGGGUCAUUGUCAACCUGUGCCGAAACAAAGACCCACCUCCACCUAUGGAAACGGUACAAGAGAUUCUUCCUGCCCUUUGUGUACUCAUAUAUCAUACAGAUAUAAAUAUUCUGGUAGACACUGUGUGGGCUCUGUCAUAUCUGACAGAUGGAGGUAACGAGCAGAUUCAGAUGGUAAUAGACUCAGGUGUCGUCCCCUUCCUUGUUCCACUGCUCAGCCACCAAGAGGUCAAAGUUCAGACCGCAGCGCUGAGAGCGGUGGGGAACAUUGUAACAGGGACGGAUGAGCAGACUCAGGUGGUGCUCAACUGUGAUGUCCUCUCUCACUUUGCCAACCUGCUCACACACCCCAAAGAGAAGAUCAACAAGGAGGCAGUGUGGUUCCUGUCCAAUAUAACAGCAGGUAACCAGCAGCAGGUGCAGGCUGUAAUAGAUGCUGGUCUCAUACCCAUGAUCAUUCACCAGCUUGCCAAGGGUGAUUUUGGAACACAGAAAGAGGCUGCAUGGGCCAUUAGCAACUUGACAAUAAGUGGAAGAAAGGAUCAGGUGGAGUACUUGGUGCAGCAAAACGUGAUCCCGCCCUUCUGCAACCUGCUUUCAGUGAAAGACUCUCAGGUGGUCCAGGUGGUUCUCGAUGGACUGAAAAACAUCCUCAUCAUGGCUGGGGAGGAAGCCAGCACAAUUGCUGAGAUCAUUGAAGAGUGUGGAGGAUUGGAAAAAAUUGAGAACCUACAGCAGCAUGAAAAUGAGGACAUCUAUAAACUUGCAUUUGAAAUCAUCGAUCAGUACUUUUCGGGAGACGAUAUUGAUGAGGACCCCACCCUGAUUCCUGAGGCCACCCAGGGAGGCACGUUUAACUUUGAUCCAUCCUCCAACCUACAAACCAAGGAGUUCAAGUUCUAGACAACCGGAGCUUUGAACUUCAGAAUGGUGGGUUUCCCAGCUGCUCCUCAGCCCCUGCCACCUACUGACCCAUCACCUACCAACCACUCACUAACCAGAAAAAACAAUCAAUCACCAUGCUCAGAAACGACAUUCACUCACACAGAAGAAACUAGCGCUGAAGGAUAUGAGUCUCAAUGCCACUCAAAACAUGUAUGGAUCUCAACAACCUCAAGACAUGGAAGAAAAAAAGAACAAGACUCAUUAUACUGCAGUUGCCAAAAAAAAAAAAAGAUAUAUAUUUUGCUCUUUCUUUCACUCACUCACACGCACACAUAGGUGAUCAUAAACAAUAAUAGGAACUUCUGUUGUUGUACCAGCCAUCAUAUCAGCCAAGGAAGAUGAAAGAAAGAGAUAUUCCUGAAAUAUAUAGGCAGGGAUUUUCUUUUUUCCAAAAAAGUCCUUCCCUCAAAAUGUUGCAUUUCUGGUCAUGAUCUUAGAGUCUCAGCCAGACACCCAACUCAAUACGUCCAGCCUCGACUGUGUUAAGCCAUUUGGACCCCCUCACUCAUUCAUCCGAAAUCUGUGAACUAGCCUAUAAUGGGUUAUUCCAUGGAAUAUUAUUCAAAUGUGGGAAGGGAGUGUCUCUAAAUAUGUGGUGUGCAAACAGAACUUAAAUUCUCGCCACCAGUUCUUGCUUUUUCUUCAUCCUGAAAUUAUGGAUAUUUACAAAACACGGAAGAUAAUGAAGAAAAAAAUCACGUCAGAAGAUCACACAAACUUGAAUGGAGAAAAUCUCAUCUAAGAUAGUCAAGCACCCUCAUUUUCGAACUUCUGCAGCGAUAGUGUAGUGGACAUUCAUUGUGCCGAUCUUUUUUUGGUUUGCAUUGGGACUGUCAGACAUGUCAAAGGAGGAUUCUAUGUGAUUUGUCAAUUUGGCCAGGACUUUUAAAGGGCUGCCCCAACCUUUGGAAGUUCUUUGAGAAAACAUUAACUGGUCUUUCUGCUUAAAAAGGGUGCUCUGGCAGCGCUUUUUAUUUUCUGAAUUCAUCUUCUCUGCUUCCUGUCUGUAAUCAUAGUAAUAAGUUAAUUGGGAUAACCCCAGUUGUAACCGGAUGGAGGAUAUUUUCACUAAAUCAGUUCAUUUCGUCACUUGGUAGUCAAAACCACAAGAAACUUUGCAACAGUGAUUGGAUUGUGAAAUCUUUUUUUCUUUUUUUUUGAUCAGUAGAGCUUCCGCUUUUUGGAGUUUUUCCAGUCUUACGCGCUCACAUUUGGUUUUCCCGUUUUAUUGCUUAAUGUAAGUGGAGAGCGAUGUUCGCUUAAUUUUGACUAUACAAGCAAUGGGAAAAGGAGAUCCGUGACGUAGUGGUUCCUUUUUUUGUUUAGUUGGUUUUUAUUCUUAUUUCACUUGCUACCAAACCUAAUUGUACCAACUAAAAUAAAAGUAUAUUUCUUGUUUAGGUAUAUAAUGCGAAGCUACCACAUUUAGGUCCACUAGACAUUGUUGGGAUGCUACAGAACAAUAAUAAUAUUGUGAUUAUUGAUUUACAGCCAAUAGGGGUAAUUUUUGUUUGUUCCUUUUUGUUUUAACUUUUGUUUUGUAAUGGCAAAUGAUUGCCAUUA